UUUUGUUCCCUUUCAUAACACUGCUGUUGGUGCUGCAUUAUUCGUGCAUGAUUUUAAUGUAAUAAAUUAAAAAUGCCUUCCUAUGAAUUAGCAUUGGUAUUGCGACAAAUGUCCAGACCGGAGAUUGUGUCCGUAUUAAAACGCACUGCCGAAACGAUUUUGGAUAGAGACUGCGUAAUUAGAAAACUGGAAAAUUUAGGUACGCGGAUGCUACCAUAUAAAAUCAGUGAACAUGGAGUAGUGCAUCGCGAAGGAACCUACUUCACCAUAUCCUUUGAUGCAGCACCAGCGAAGAUAAGUGAUUUUAUGGAGGAGUUCGGCCGUGACAUUGAUAUUGUACGGCGUAGGAUCUUUAAAAUUGAAGAACCGGAAGAAUUCCAAUGCACCCUGCAUGAAGAAAUGCUUCCACCGGCAUACCGCAAAGAUGUGCAGGAAAUGAUAGAUAUAGCAAAACGCAAACAAAAACCUAAGUUUAAGUACAACACAGGUUUAGACUACUAUCCUUUCCAAAAAUAAGUACGAGUAGUUAAAUUUUUAUUUAAGAAAAUGUCUUAACAGUUUAAUGAGUUAUUAAAAACGAGUAAAGGUGUCAUAUUCCUAACUUUUUAAGCUCACUUACAAAUGUGUGUUUAUUAAAUACUUCAGCUUUUAAAAAUAAAAACAAUGAAAUUCUCUUA